ACCUCCAUAACUGCAGCCGUAUGACACAUCAGGACCAUUUCAACGGCCCAGAUCUAUUAACGUAUCACCCCUCCCAAGAUGGCAUCGCUAUAAAUGCGAGCCGGGGGGUAGGGGCGACGGGCAGGGUUAUUUACGUAAAAUAACAGAGAAUCAGGGGUAUUUCCGUAAGGCGGCUGUCUCGCAGCCCGCAGCAAUAGAGCUGGAAGAAGAAGAAGAAGAAGGCGGUGUUUGGGAUUCAUGAUGUCAUCUUCGUAGUCUGAGGAAUAGAAGAAGAAGAAGCCACCUCUCGCUUCCUCCUCUCGGCGUUAACGAUUAGGGUUAGGGUUAGGGGUUUCAGGGACCGCAAACCCCUCGUCUCCUCUUCCAAGUUCGGAGCUUUCUUGGUUCUGGGCGCCAGGGGUCGUAUCUCCAUUUCUGGGUGCUCCUUCGAGGAGGCGAGCUGGUCGUUUGCUCCGUUUUGAGAGCUUUCCUUGGUUAGGAUCCAGAAUGGGGUGGUGCUUGCUUGUUCUGGGAUGGAGGACUUGAGGGGUUUGGCGACCGAAAGCCCGGGUUUUUCGGAGGUUUUUUUUUUUUGGAAGGUUCCGGGGGCUAUUCGAGCAAGAAAUCUAGGAAAUUUCGUUGCUUUUAUGGGGCGGCGUUCUUGAUCCUCGAUUUGGAGGUCCGGGUGCAUUUAUUGCAGACAGGGAUCCUCUUAGAUUACUGCUAUUGCGGUUCUUGAGUCUUUACAUGAAUUCGUAAUGAAUCGAUUGAUUUGAAGGUAGAAAUCAGGGAUUUUCGGAGAUUCUAGUUUUUCUAGCUUGAAGGGUUUUUGACCCUAUGGUUCAAGGGCCCUGGAGUUAGCUACAAUUCAAGGUGGCUGGAUAGCCUUUUCUCUGUCGUUUUCUCGCGAAAGGAACAGUCCAUUCACGGGAACAGUGCUUGGAUGCCCGCUAAUAUCUCAUGGCCCAUUCCCCACUGCUUAGCUGUUGAAAAAAAGAGGACCAUUCUUUCAAGCAGCAGCAAAAUCAACGAUUUUUUGUUGCAUGCGGAGUUAUUUUCUCCAGGAACUCGGAAUUGGAGGAUUGAAAGAUAUAGAAUCUGAUGGAGGCUAAAAAGAACGGUCUCUUGCAGGUCUUUGAUGGUUACUUCAAAGUCAUUGAUAUAAAUUUUCGAGAAAUUUGACAAAUAGAGUACCGCAUAGAAAAAAACAGGAAGAAGAAAUAGUCAACAAAAGAAGAGAGAGAGAGAGAGAGGGAGAGAGUAAGGUUAUUUGGCUGUCUGGAAUUCCAGUUAAAAGAGUCCUUUCCUUCUUGACUGCUUCAAUACAGUGAUAACAACAGUGGGUUCUGAUGUCUGUUAUCUACGCUAGCCUGGUGGGAACAGUGUUGUCUUGAUGAGGAGCUUCAUUUUAUCAAGCACUUCACUUUUUCUUGCUUCUCUGCUUUAUUUGUUUUAUUGUUGCUCAUAUUAGGAGGCCUGUCUCUGUGAGUUGGUUAUGAAGGCAAAAAUCUAGUUGAGAGGGUUAAAGUUCGAAUUUUGAGGGGGAGAGAUGAGUUCUAGCCUGCUACAGAAGCGGGGGAAGAGUGAUAAGGGCCUUGAUGCUACCGAGAAGGUCGUGGUUGCUGUCAAGGUUUCAAAGGACAUCUCAAAGACGGCCCUUGAAUGGGCUUUGACCCAUGUUGUUCAACCUGGUGACUCAAUCACACUUCUGGUAGUAGUUCCACCACACAGUUCAGGUAGAAAACUAUGGGGCUUUCCAAGAUUUGCAGGGGACUGUGCCAGUGGUCACAGGAAGUCACAUGGAACUACACUAGAGCAAAAGUCUGAUAUUACAGAUACAUGUGCUCAGAUGGUGCUUCGACUUUGCAAUGUUUAUGAUCCCAAUAAGAUAAAUAUCAAGGUAAAGGUCGUAUCUGGAUCAACUUGUGGUGCUGUGGCUGCUGAAUGCAAGCGAGCUCAAGCAAACUGGGUUGUAUUGGACAAACAACUGAAGCAUGAGGAGAAGCGCUGCAUGGAAGAGCUACAAUGUAACAUAGUGGUCAUGAAACGUUCUCAACCGAAAGUUCUUCGUUUGAAUCUCAUAGGAUCUUCUGAGGCAGAGCUGCAAGUGUCCUGUCAACUGCCUUCUGAGCUGGAUAAAUCUGCUGGAGAAACUACAAAGGAUAUGAGAGAUUCUCGGAAUUCCAUUAGAGGGCCAACUGUGACACCAACUAGCAGCCCUGAAGUAGAGACAUCGUUUACUGCUACUGAAGCUGGAACAUCCUCAGUGUCAAGCUCUGAUCCUGGAACUUCACCAUUUUGUGUUUCUGAAACUAAUGUUUGUCUUAAGAGGCAGGAACAAUUAACCACCAAAGAAAUCCGGAAUUUAAAUGUGACCAGCUCUGAUUCUGACAGCGACAGUUUAAGUCCUUCAACAUCCUUAGGGUUUCAGCCCUGGAUGGCUGAGAUUCUCUGUGGUGGCCACACAUCUUCACAACAAGUUGAGGAAUUAUCACAACAAGUUGCUAGCAAGGCACAUAUCUCCAAAGCAAAAACCUUGUUGGAAAAAUUCUCUAAACUUGAUCAAGAAUCUGGAAUUGGCACUCUGAAGUGCAGAUCGAACUUAAAGUGCAAUGGGAAUGUUAGAGGAGCAAUUUCACUAUCCAAAAAUGUGCCCCUAGGGCCACCUCCUCUAUGUUCAAUAUGUCAGCACAAGGCACCUGUGUUUGGAAAGCCUCCUAGGUGGUUCAGUUAUUCUGAACUAGAACUUGCUACAGGGGGGUUCUCUCAAGCAAAUUUCUUGGCUGAGGGUGGCUUUGGAUCUGUUCAUAGAGGGGUCUUGCCAGAUGGUCAGGCAAUUGCUGUUAAACAGCACAAAUUAGCUAGUUCACAGGGGGAUCAGGAGUUCUGCUCAGAGGUGGAAGUUCUAAGCUGCGCACAGCAUCGUAAUGUUGUGAUGCUAAUUGGGUUUUGUGUUGAGGACAGGAGAAGGUUGCUUGUUUAUGAAUAUAUCUGUAAUGGGUCAUUGGAUUCCCAUCUUUAUGGUCGUAAGAGAGAACCAUUAGAUUGGUCUGCUAGGCAAAAGAUUGCAGUGGGAGCAGCACGAGGUUUGAGAUACCUUCAUGAAGAGUGCAGAGUUGGUUGCAUUGUCCACCGGGAUAUGAGACCUAACAACAUUCUUAUUACACAUGAUUUUGAACCACUGGUUGGAGAUUUUGGCCUAGCGAGAUGGCAGCCUGAUGGGGACCAAGGCGUGGAAACAAGAGUGAUUGGCACAUUUGGGUAUCUGGCGCCGGAGUAUGCACAAAGCGGCCAAAUUACGGAAAAAGCUGAUGUUUUUUCCUUUGGGGUGGUACUGCUGGAACUUGUCACAGGACGAAAAGCUGUCGAUAUUAACCGACCAAAGGGUCAGCAAUGCCUUACUGAAUGGGUUCGCCCUUUAUUGGAAGAUUAUUCCAUCGAAGAGCUCAUAGAUCCUCGUUUGCGGGACCAUUACUCUGGACAUGAGGUCUACUGCAUGCUGCAUGCCGCAUCAUUGUGCAUAAGGCGUGAUCCUCAUGCAAGGCCCCGAAUGUCGCAGGUUCUUCGUAUAUUGGAGGGUGACAUGGUCAUGGAACCCAGUUACAUUUCAACGCCUGACUAUGACAUCGGAAACAGGAGUGGGCGGAUGUGGCACGAUCAGCAGCAGCAGCAGCAGCACCCACAUUACAGUGGCACAGUCCUCCGGCAAGGAGGCUUUGGAGGGUUUUAGUGGGAAGCACUCCUAUGAGGCUAUAAAGGCAGCUUGGGGGAGAGAGAGGAAGGCCUCAUGCGUAGAUGUUGAUCAGCUCUCAAGCAGGCGAAGGCGUCCCAGAUGCAAUGUGUAUUCUUCUCUCUUUUCUUAUCUUCUCCUAUCUAUCUUUGCUUGCUUCUUUUCAGCAUGGGCUUCAUCAAUUUGUUGCUGAUAUAUUGUUAGGGUGCUAUUGUAUAGGAGUGUCAUUAGGCUUAUCAAUUUACACAAUGCAGGAUAGCUGCUGUUUUUGUGAAAGAAUUGGGAGCCACGGUUUUGGGUUAAUUGCUGUUAUUUUUGGUCCAUGCUCCUGGACAGCACUCCUUUUCUGUUUGCUUUUUAUUUUCUUUUGGACCGGCUGCUAUAGAUUUUUGAUGAAAUGAUCCAAGUACUUGAAUUUAACGUA